UCACUGUAGGCUAUGUCCAUUCAGCGCGAAAAGCAAAAUUCGAUGCGGUACUUCAUGUUGUAAUGAGAUUCGCUGCCUUGGCCUUGUCUCUGCACUGCUCUCGAUAUCUACGUCUACUACCUCCUGUUUACAAUUGUGUCAAAAUGUCGUCUAUCUCAAGACCAGCUAAACUGUCUUUUCUUGACUUCGAUGCAGUCGGUGUGGAUUUGGACCACACACUCUGUAAAUACAAGCUGGAUAACACCUUUUCGCUGAUUUAUAAUAGUUUAGCUGAGGUAGUCGUUAGCAGAAAGGGGUACAGUAAAGAACUUCUGGAGCCUUUCCAUAAAGACAGAGAUUUUUGCACAAAGGGGCUAGUCUUCGAUGCCAAGAAGGGAAACUUCCUGAAACUGUCCAGAGAGGGCGACAUUCUCAGGGCGAGCCAUGGGACCACACCCCUCAGCCAGGAUGAGGUGUGUCGGAUCUACGGUAGUCAAGCACGAUGGGAACACUUUGACUUCUUGAAAGAUACGCUCAAACAAACAGGUGGGACUUAGGCUAGGAUGUACGAUACUUUAUUCAACAUGUUACUAAUUCUCUCCUU